AUGUACGCCUCGCAGCUCCUCCUCUCUGUGGCCGCUGCCUCGACUGCCGCUGCUGCCAAUAUUGCUCCGCGCGAACCGACACCCACCACGGCGGCCGCGCAUGUCGCCGGCCGCGAUCUCGCAGAGUGCUCAUCCGUCGCUGCCGAGGUGCUGCCUCAGCUCACGAGCGCUCCCACACCCGACUCGGACCUCGCACGUUUCAUCCUGACCGAGUCAGCCAUCCUGUCAGCCGAAGACCAGUGCGCCGUCCCGUCCGUCACGGGCUCCAUGGCCUCCGAGUUCACCAGCUACGCCAACGCAUUGCUGGCCUGGCAGGAGGACCACAUCAGCGAGUUUCGCAGCCUGUGGCAGGCCUGCAGCGACGUGCCUGGCAUCCGCGACCAGGUCGACCUUCCCACGGGCUCUGGCUCAUGCGCCAGCCUCGCGGCCAAGAUCACGGGCGAGGCAGAUCCCGCGGCAACGGGCAGCGGGCGGUAA